CUCAUUCCACUAUUCCAGCAACAAGUUUACAAUUGACUUUAAAAUAUAGUCUUAAAACAAAUGUGGCGUCAUGCUGGGCUCCAUUUCUCCUUCCGGCAAGGAGGUUUACAGUUGACUAUGGUCUAUGAAUCUUCAAUAUCAUCUAUGGUGGAACAACUAUUUCAAAUUCUAGACCUACUUCAAAUUCUCCUUCUUCAUCAACAAUUAUGUUGGCCUCUAUUGCCCAUGGCAAAGAAUCCCAACCCUCCACGUCAUCCUCCAUUGAAUUCUCACAACCAUGUCGUCACUUCAAAUUUCCUGAGCUUCUCUUAGCAACAAAUAACUUUGAUAAAACAUUAGUAAUUGGCCAUGGAGGGUUUGGAAAAGUUUACAAAGGUAAUAUUAUCAACGGAUCAUGUGUUAUUGUUUCUGCCAUUAAACGUUUGGAUUCCAUGUCCAGUCAAGGUGCAACAGAGUUCUGGGCAGAAGUUGAGAUGCUUUCAAAGUUGCGUCACUGUCACCUUGUAUCCUUGUUUGGUUAUUGUAAUCAUGAAAAUGAAAUGAUUCUUGUAUAUGAAUAUAUGCCAAAUGGAACACUAGAAGACCACCUCCAUAAACUCGGUACCCCUCUUUCUUGGCUUCAACGACUCAAGAUCUGCAUAAGUGCAGCUCGUGGGUUAGACUAUCUCCACACGGGUACAGGGAUUGAUUUCGGGGUUAUACAUCGUGAUGUCAAGAGCUCCAAUAUUUUGUUACAUGAAAGUUGGGCUGCUAAAAUUUCAGAUUUUGGGUUGUCCAAAAUAGGUCCAACGAAUCAGCCAUCGACUCAUGUCAACACACUUGUUAGAGGAACUUUUGGGUAUCUUGAUCCACAUUAUUACGCAACUGGAAGGCUGACAAGGAAGUCUGAUGUGUAUGCGUUUGGGGUUGUGUUGUUCGAAGUGCUGUGCAGGAAGCGUGCUUUGGAUAAAAGUAUCGAAGAGGGCUUGGCAACAUGGGUUCAAGAUUCUAUCAAAGGGGGGAAGUUAAAGGAUAUAAUUGAUUCAGAUAUAAGAGGUGAAAUAUCCACAAAAUGUUUGAAGGGGUUUGUUGGAAUUGCAAAGAGAUGCUUGCUUAGCCAUCCAAAGGAUAGGCCUACCAUGGCUGAGGUUGUUUUCAGUCUUGAAUCUGCAUUGACUUCACAAGUCAAAAUCAAUAGUUCCUUUCAAGCUGGUGGCAAAACAAUAUUUGGAAGAAUGUUUGAUAGGUUUCCAUUUGCCUCCAGUGUAGAGAACUCUGCCCAUGAUGAUUCUAAGUUAUCAAGUAAUGACAAUGGCAAUGUUAUGGGUGAGGAAAGUUCCCGAAAGGUAUCCAGAGGUCGGGUUGACAACAACACUUUCAUCUCUACAAAUCCUGAUGUUGGUAUUAUUAGGAAGCACGAAGAAGAAGGUUUUCAGCGACAUGCUGUAAGUCUGGAACCGACAGAAGUAGACUUUUUCAGUGAAUUUGGUGAAAGGAGUAGGUACGAAUUAUUGGAAGUUAUUGGUAAAGGAAACUCUGGUAUUGUAUGUUCUGCAUAUGAUACUCAUGUUGGCGAGAAAGUAGCUAUCAAAAAGAUAAAUGAUAUAUUCAAACAUGUUUCAGUUGCUGCUAGUAUCAUUCGUGAGAUUAAGCUUCUUAGGCUCCUUCGUCAUCCAGACAUUGUUGAACUCAAACACAUCUUAUUACCACCAUCAAGAAGCGAAUUCCGAGAUAUAUAUUUGGUUUUUGAGCUUAUGGGAUCUGAUCUGCAUGAGGUUAUUAAGGGAAACGAUGACUUAACACCAGAACACCAUCAAUUCUUUCUUUAUCAGCUUCUUCGAGGACUGAAAUACGUACACUCAGCAAAUGUCUUUCAUAGAGAUCUAAAACCCAAAAAUAUCUUGGCCAAUGCUGAUUGCAAACUUAAGAUCUGUGACUUUGGUCUUUCAAGGGUUGCAUUCAAUGAUCCACCAACUGCAAUAUUUUGGACUGAUUAUGUUGCAGCACGAUGGUAUAGGGCUCCUGAACUGUGUGGAUCAUUCUUUAGCAAGUACACGCCCGCUAUAGACAUAUGGAGCAUUGGUUGCAUUUUUGCAGAAAUUUUAACAGGAAAGCCCCUUUUCCCUGGGAAAAAUGCUGUGCAUCAGUUGGACUUGAUCACUGAUCUUUUAGGAACGCCAUCACCUGAAACUAUAUCCAUGAUAAGAAAUGAAAAGGCAAGGAGAUACUUGAGCAGCAUGAGGAAGAAAAACAGGGUUCCUUUUUCACAGAAGUUCCAAAAUAAAGAUCCUCUUGCUCUUCAUUUAUUAGAAAGAAUGCUUGCAUUUGAGUAUAGGGAUAGGCCUACUACUGAGGAGGUAAAAUCUUGGAUAUAUAUUUAGAUAUGAAAUAU